AUGCAUGUUUACUUUUCAGUACUAUAUCACUGGUCACAGAAGUGGCCACAGUUAGAUUUAUUAACUUUCAUCAUAGUGUAUCUUAACUGUGUGUCUCUCAGUGACAGCAAUGCGAUCAGUAAAGUGUGGUCAGCAGCACAAGGUUACUUCCCCGAUGACUUCCUCAAACAUUUUGUGUGCAAGGUGUCAAGAAGAGCUCCACUGAUCAAUAGGAGUCCGAAAUUAUACCUUGAUAUCAUCCCUUAUUUUAUUCUUUCUGUCUCUAUCUCUCUUCUGUCUCUAGGAGCAGGGUUUGAUUCCUUGUUUUUCUGGAUGCAUGCAGAAGGAGCCCUUGAAGGUGUCACAGUUUUUGAGGUUGACUUUCCAGAAAUUGCCCAGCGCAAGGCUGACUUGAUCAGUGGUGUAUUCUUCAGAAGUAAUCAUUAUAAUCUUUUGGGUGUGGAUGUCAGGUAAGAGCGAGAGGUGGAGGUGACUCUGAGCAGAGCUGGACUGCAAUGGGACACUCCCACGCUCGUCCUCUCAGAGGUGGUACUGACCUACAUGGAAACACGUUUGUCAGAUGCUGUGAUUGGCUGGGCUGCAAAGCUUCUCGCACAGUCAAUGUUUGUGAUGUAUGAACAAAUCUACCAAGAUGACCCUUUUGGGCGGGUUAUGCAGAACCACUUCAUGAAGCUCAACUCAACCAAACAGUAUCCAGACACUGUUGCUCAGACACAGAUAUUCUUUCAGAAGGGCUGGGAGAAGUGUGUCUGUCUGGAUAUGAACCAGUUCUACUUUGACCUUAUUCCUGAUGGUGAGAGGCAGAGAGUGGAGGGAAUGGAGCCUUUUGAUGAGUUUCUCAAAAGAUUUUUUAAUGAUCGCAGUGAAUGGCACGAGAAAUGUUCUCAUUAUUUCAUUCUUACAGCCUCCAAAGGCUCUCUGAUAAACAAAGCCCUUCUCAUGCCACCAAAAGGCAAAUACUCUCACUCUGCCCAUGUAAUGAAUGAGAAGUUAGUUGUGGUUGAUGGAGUUUGGCUUCAGGCUGGCAGAGUACCAGGAGUUGCUGUAAUAAAUCUGACCACUGGGGGCUGUGUGGAGAUCCAGCCAGCUGGUCGUGUGCCUUGGCCUCUAAUGCUGCAUUCAUUCUGCUCUGAGCUGCUCGAAGAGGGUGAAAUGGUGCUAAUUGGUGGAGGUGGAAACAGUUUCUCAUUUGGGACUCACCUCAAUGUCCACCCUGUAACAGUGGUUCUAAGACCAGUGCUUUGAAAUAAGCAUACAAUA